CGGGAAAUCUGUAGCAAGCUCCAAACAACAGCUUGCAACCGAAACCUGCAACACGCCAACUCCACGAUUGUCGACUCCACGAUUGUCGGAACACUCACGCAUCAUGGUGGCCCCCACCAAAUCUCCAAUCCUACGCUCCAUCACAAGCAUAUUUGCGAUUCUCAUCACCGUCGCUUCGGCCUCAUCGGAUUCGGACUCGACCCUUCUAAGCGAAAUCUCCCAUGCUUCGAACCAGAGCUUAUUAUGGGGUCCAUACCGGCCCAACCUAUACUUCGGCGUCAAGCCCAGACUGCCGGACAGCUUUAUUAGCGGAUUGAUGUGGUCCGGUGUCAACGACUACACGACGUUCCAGAACACUCUGCGGCACCAAUGUGAGCAGGGUGAUAAUAUGGCGGGCUACGGGUGGGAGGAGUAUGAUGUCCGUACCGGUGGAAAGCAGGUGAUGCACGAUACAGUGAACACAAUUGAUCUCUCUACCGAGUUUGUCAAGGUUGAGGGUGGAGAACAUGGCGGCAAUUGGGGUGUCAGGAUCAAAGGAACCCUUAGGGACGAUGCUAAGAAGGAUACCAAAACGACUGUCAUGUUCUACGUUGCCAACGAAGGCACGAAGGGGAGCAUCGAGCUUGCAAAUGAACCGGAUAUGAAAGGACUUACAGGUACUGUAGUGCUGGCAGGUAGCCUUCCGGUGCUGGGAGACUUCAAACUUGAGGUUACCAGAGGACCUCAGACCAACCAAGCUCCAGUGAUGGGCAAUGCUAAGGCUUGGGCUGAGCGGCCUCUCUCGAGAACCAUGUAUGCCUCUAUGCAACUUCUGCCGAAUCUCGCAUGGAAGGUCAAAGAGGCUCUAUUCGCCAACCUGCAGAAAAAUUUCUCGGAGCUGCAGGCUAAAUACGGCACUGAGGCACACCCACCUCCAUGGCAGACGUUCGUGAUCAAGCAAAAUUUCGAGCCCGGAAAUGUGCACAUGAUCCAGAAGGUCUUUGAAGGCUCGUUCGAGUUCGAUGUACUGUACUCGUCAGCUUUCACACCCGAGCCGAUGACGGCCGAAAUCUUGACCAAGAAGAUUGAGGAGAAUCAUGAGACCUUCCGUGAACGGUUCGGCAAAGUCUUCAAGCGACAGGCGCCCUUCGACUCCGCAAAGUACUCAGAAUUUGCAGAGAAUAUCUUCUCCAACCUUCUUGGUGGCAUCGGAUACUUCCACGGUACCUCUAUGGUUGACCGUAGUUAUGCUGAUGAGUACCUUGAGGAAGACGAGGGGUUCUGGGAGGAAGCGAAGGCUGCACGAGAGAAACCUGGUGUAGUGAAAGAGGAAGGACCAACGGAGCUGUUCACCAGCAUCCCCUCUCGCCCCUUCUUUCCCCGGGGCUUUUAUUGGGACGAAGGAUUCCAUCUGCUGCCCAUUUCCGAGUGGGAUAUGGAUCUGACCCUCUCCAUCGUCAAAAGCUGGUUCGCACUCGUCGACGAGGAUGGAUGGAUUGGCCGGGAGCAGAUUCUGGGCGAUGAAGCGCGCAGCAAGGUACCGGAAAAGUUCCAGACGCAGUACCCACACUAUGCAAACCCUCCCACGCUCUUCUUCAUUCUCACCAAGUUCAUCGACACUUUCGAGAAGGUUCAAGCUGCCGGUGGUGCCGCACCAGGAGCCGUCGGUAUCUCUUCGGAAGACCUGCCAAACGCCCACCUCGAGCAUCGCGAAGCAGCCCUCCAGUACCUCCGUGAGAUCUACCCCCAGCUCCGCAGCCACUAUAACUGGUUCCGCACCACCCAGGCCGGUGAGAUCCGCGCUUUUGACCGCGAAGCAUUCUCGUCGAAGGAGGCUUACCGCUGGCGUGGCCGCGACACCGAGCACUGUCUUACGUCCGGCCUUGACGAUUAUCCCCGUCCCAAUCCGCCACACACCGGCGAGCUCCACGUUGACCUCCUUUCCUGGGUCGGCAUGAUGUCGCGGUGCAUCAAGCGCAUUGCCGUCACCAUCGGCGAAACCGAGGACGCCGCCAUCUUCGAGAAAGCUGAGAUCGCAGUCAUCCGGAACUUGGACGAUCUGCACUGGAGCGAGAAGGAGCAGGCGUACUGCGAUGCCACUAUCGACGACUACGAGGAGAGCGUACACGUGUGCCACAAGGGCUACGUCAGCCUCUUCCCCGUGCUCCUUGGCCUCGUGGAUAAGGACUCGGAUAACCUGGGUAAGGUCCUGGCGCUCAUGGAGGAUCCCGAGGAGCUAUGGUCGGACUACGGACUCCGAUCUCUCAGUAAGAAGGAUCCCAUGUUCGGCACAGGAGAGAACUACUGGAAGGGUCCCGUCUGGGUCAAUAUCAAUUUCCUCGCUGUGCAAAGACUUGCCGACCUCGGAUCCCAAGCCGGACCGCAUCAAAAAGCGGCUGCACGGCUCUACGAGAAGCUGAGGAAGGCGGUCGUGGAAAAUGUCUACAAGAACUGGAAAGAGACAGGGUACGCUUGGGAGCAAUAUGACUCGAUCACUGGUAAGGGACAGAGGACGGCGCACUUCUUGGGCUGGACUAGUCUUGUCGUCAACAUGAUGAGCAUGCCGGAGACUGUGUCUGUGUCUGUUCCGGUGGCGGAAAAGGUUGUUGAGGAGGCCAAGCCUGUGGUCGAGGCUGCAGAGGAGAAGGUGGAGACUGUGGUGGAGAAAGUGGCAGAGGUGGUUAAGGAGGUGCUUGUGGACCUCGUUUCCGAACCGGACACCGAGCAAGUGUUCAAAGACGAGCUGUAGACUGUAGUGUAUAUAGCAUUUUUGGCUGCCGACCUCGGGAGCGGUAAGAGGAGUAGAAGAAUAGAUGGGUUGAUCCUACAUAAAACAACGAGAAUAUAUUUUACAG